AUGAAGAUUUUAUGUUUACCAGGGUACUUACAAAAUGGUAGUACAUUAGCAGUUAAAUCAUCAGGUUUGAGAAAAAUAUUAACUAAAAAACUUGGAUAUCAAUUAGAUUUUAUUGAUCCAUUACAUACUAUAAAAUCAAGAAAAGAAUUUUCAUUUCCAUUAGCUUCAACAGAAGAAGAAUCUGAUAAAGUUUGGGAUUCAAUAGUUGAAAAGGGAAAUAAUAGAAGAUGGUUUGAUCAUGAAGCUCCUGGUAUAAAUCAUGGUUUGGAUGCAUCUAUUGAGUAUUUGGUUAAUCAUAUUAAAGAAAAUGGGCCCUACGAUUGUAUUAUUGGUUUUAGUCAAGGUUCAGCUAUGGCAAUUAUGAUUACAAAUUCUAUAAGAAGAUUAUUGCCUAAUCAUCCUGACUUUAAAAUAAGUUUGUUUAUUUCCUGCUUUUGUCUAACUGAACCUAAAACGUCUGAUCAUUCAGAUGAUAAUAGAGAAAGAAUUAAUGAAUUGGAAGACGUAGAUCAAUUUAAGAAUGAAGUUAAAUUAUCUGAAAAUGUUGUCAAAUAUACUAUUCCACCAUCUGACUUAAAAACACAAAUUUUAAUUGUUUAUGGUAAAGAAGAUAAUAUUGUUCCACCAGUUAGAUCAAAAUAUGUUGGUAAUUAUUACAAAGAUCCCAUAUAUUUUGAACAUGAAUCCGGUCAUUUAAUACCGAAUAAGAAGGAUUUUCUACAACCAAUUGUUAAAUUAUUCGAAGAAUCGGCGAAUAAAUCAAAUUUGUAA